GUAAAGCGCGACGUGUUGUUGACAGCGGCGGGCGGAGUAGGAAGUGAGUGUGGAUGGGACCGGGACCGGGACCACGGAGGGGAGCGGGGAGCCGGCUUGGCCCGGCAAGAGACAGAGACAUGAGCAAAGCCAGGAGGAUGCCGCCGGGCCACGGUGCCGUCAUCGCCAGGCAGAUGGGUUUGCUGGUGGACCUCUCUCCGGAGGGGACAGCAGGGGAUGACACCAGAGAUGAUGCCGCAGAGCUGGAGGCUGAGCUGCUGGCGCUGGUGGGAGGCCGAGCUGUGCCAGGAGAGAAGCCCAAGGGGAAAACCCCUUUGCCGAUGGAGGCGAUUGAGAAGAUGGCCGCCCUCUGCAUGAAGGACACGGACGAGGAGGAGGAGGGGGAUGACGAAGAAGAGCUGGAAGAUGAAGACGAUCUCAUGGCCGAGCUGCAGGAGGUGCUGGGUGAAGGGGAAGGGAGCACGGAUGCACCGGUGCCUCCCACCAAGGUGCCGGAGGCGCCUCCGGAGCCCAGCGACAUCGAGUCCACGCUGGCGGAGCGGGCAGACAUGUACCGGACGGCCAUCGCCAACGCCAAGCAGGCCGGGGACAGCUCCAGGGUGCGGCGCUACGAGAGGGGCCUCAAGACGCUGGAGAACAUGCUGGCCUCCGUCAAGAAGGGAAAAAAGAUCAACGAGGAGGAAAUCCCCCCUCCAGUGGCGCUGGGGAAGGGUGCGAGCUCCCCGCAGCCCUCCCCGGCGUCCCCCCUGCCAGCCGCCUGCCCCGGCUCCCCGCAGCCGCCUCCGCAGCCACCCGCUGCAUCUGCCUCCAAGCCGCAGCCGCCCCCCAAGUCUCCCAAAGCCUCAGGUCCUGCCCGUCAGCUCUCCGGAGGUGAAACCAUCUCCUCCCUUGCCAUCUUCCCACCCAGGGCUCCGACCGUGCCAGCGCCGAGGCACUGUUGCGGGGGCCGGCAGCGGGAGUACAAGCUUGCGGCACUGCACGCCAAGCAGCGUGGAGACCUGGAGAUGGCCACAAAGUACUACCGGGUCGCAAAGAGCUUUGACUCCUUGCUCGAAGCGGCAGGGAAUGGCCAGCCGGUGGAGCUGAGCAGUGUGCCGCCUCCUCCCGACCAGCUGCCAAAGGAGUUGUCGCCUGGCCAGCCGCAGCCUGCCGCAGCGGUGCCUGUGCCAGAAGUUAAACCAGCAUCUCCCGCGGCAGCUUUUCUCCGGCUCUCCCCAAAAACAGACGUUCCCCCCCCUCCCCGGGAUGUGCUGGAGGCUCUGCAGCAGAGGAUGGAGCGGUACAAGACGGCGGCGGCGCAGGCCAAGAGCAAGGGAGAUGACCGGAAGGCCCGGAUGCAUGAGCGCAUCGUCAAGCAAUACCAGGACGCCAUCCGGGCGCACAAAGCUGGGAAAACGGUGGAUUUCUUGGAGCUGCCCGUUCCGCCAGGCUUCCAGCCUAUCCAGGGCAUGGAGACACCGUCCGGAGACCAAAGCAUCGCUGGAGUGCUGGAAACAGCCAUGAAGCUGGCCAGCCAGGAGGUCCACGAGGAGGAAGAUGGUGCUGAAAAGGCAAAGCCCCCUCUGAUGCCAUCCCUUCUGUUCCCGGCACAGCCUGCCGCCAGCCCUGCCCCAGUGAGAGCCGCUGCCGCCUCCCAGCCCAAGCAGCCACCGCCGCCUCCCCAAACCUCCUCUGCGGGUGCCCCCAAUUCUGCUGGAGUGGCCAAACCAGCCCCCAAAACCACCGCGAAAGCCCAGCAGCAGCUGGCAUUCCUGGAAGGCAGGAGGAAGCAGCUGAUGCAGGCCGCCCUCCGUGCCAAGCAGAAGAACGACAUUGAGGGGGCAAAGCUCUUCCUGCGCCAGGCCAAAGGGCUGGACCCCAUGAUCGAGGCCUCGCAGAACGGCUUGCCUGUCGAUAUAACCAAGGUCCCCGAAGCCCCCGUGAACAAGGAGGACUUUGUGCUUGUGCAGCGUCGGGGGGUGCACAUCUCUCCCGAGGCAGCCAGCCAGUACCUGGAGCUGAUGAAGCUGAUCCGGCAGCAGCACGAGAUGUGCAUGAAUUACUCCAAGCAGUUCACUCACCUGGGGAACAUUGCGGAGACGACCAAGUUUGAGAAGCUGGCUGAGGACUGCAAGCAGAACAUGGAGAUCCUGAAGCAGGCCCACGCCCGGGGCUUCCCGCUGCCCAAGUACCAUUAUGAGCAACGAACCUUCAGCGUCAUCAAGAUCUUUCCGGAGCUGAACAGCAACGACAUGGUGCUGUCGAUAGUGAAAGGGAUCAACCUCCCGGCACCGCCAGGUGUGGCUCCCAACGAUCUGGACGCCUUCGUGCGCUUCGAGUUCCCCUACCCCAACGCGGAGGAAGCUCAAAAAGACAAGACCAACGUGAUCAAAAACACCGAUUGUCCCGAGUUCAAGGAGCAGUUCAAGCUGUACAUGAAUCGAGGGCACCGGGGGCUCCGGCGGGUCCUUCAGACCAAAGGCAUCAAGUUUGAAGUGGCACAUAAAGGGGGGCUGUUCAAGACGGACCGUGUCAUCGGCACAGCCCAGCUCAAGCUGGAGGCACUGGAGACGGCGUGCGAGGUUCGGGAGAUCAUUGAGCUGCUGGAUGGCCGCCGGCCCACGGGGGGGAAGCUGGAAGUGAUCGUGCGGAUCAGGGAGCCCCUGAGCUCCCAGCAGCUGGAGACGAGGACGGAGCGCUGGCUGGUCAUCAACCCCAGCACCAUGCCCCCGGUUGCCGUCCCCAAACCCAAACCGGUCGUCGCUCCCGCAAAGGAAGUGAACAACAGGCGAGUGCCAGGGGGCUGCCUGGCAAGUGCCGCGUUUCUGGACACCUUGUCCUGCUCCAUCCCUUCCUCAGUGGCUGCUCCCACCCCCAAUCCGGGGGUGUCCCAAUCCGGGGUCUCUGUGCUCGCUGUUGCCGAUGAGGCUGGUUUGGCAGCUGGGGAGCGGCACAGAGUGGGAAUUAAACCCCCCCCCGCCCUGUCCGGCUGCAGGAGGAGAGGAGAAAAAGGGCAGGCAUCGCAUGGAGGAGAGGAGCGAGGACCAAGCAGGGCCGUGCCGGCGUUGCCCAGCCUCAACCUGCUGGCCUUCGACCAGGAGAAGCUGGAGAGGAAGAUGCUGGCGUACAGGCAGGCGCAGCGGCCGGUCCCCCCCGAGCUGCGGGAGCAGUACCAGGACAUCGCCCGGCGCAGCCAGAUCCUGCGGUCACGCCUGCAGCAUGGCGACCCCCCCUUCCGCAAAGAGUACCUGGCCCAGCUGGAGCGGUACCUGCAGCUCUACACUGAGACGGCGAGGCGCCUGGGCACCGAGGGCAACCGGGACGCGGCCAAGGAAGCGCUGUACAAGAGGAACCUGGUGGAGAGCGAGCUCCAAAAGUUCCGCCGAUGAGCUGCCCCCCCCCACCCCGGGGCUGGGACCAAAUGGGGGUGCAGGCGCUUUGGGGGGGGGGGGGCACACACGGGACAACCCCCCCCUCCCCAGGUGCUGCUGUGACAAUCACAGGGAUCAGAGCUGCUACGUGUCCCCCCCCGGUCCUUCCCCCUGGGGACACAAUGACACUAACCCCCCCCCUCACCCACUCCCGGGGUCCCCGUCCGUCCCCCCCACACACCAAAAAGCACUUUGCCCCCCUCCCGCGGCGGCCGGGUGGGCAGGGACCCCCUCUCCCCCCCCACCCCGUCCCCCCCUCCCCCGUCACCCCUCCAAGUGCCUGUCCCCAGGGGCUGGGCUGCGCAACGGGUUUAUUUUGUGCUUUCACACACAAAUCUAUAAAGUUUUUAAGAAGAAAAAGCCGGGGUUCGGUGAA